AACAAACUAAUUUGGCGCGAAAUAGCCAUUAAGUUUAACUACCAUUAUCAAUAAGCUUUGUUCAAUAGCGAGAUCGAAACUCUGAAAUUUAACAAAACAAGAUUUGAAAUGUACGAAAAUGAAUGACAAUUCAUUAACAAAAAUUCAACCAGAUUGGUAUUCUCCAACUCGACUUCACGAUACUCCGCUCGACUAUGAUUUUCCUGGUGAUAGAUUUAUACCCAAUAGAAGCCUGAUGGAUCUUCAUCAAGCACAUACAUUACUCACCAACAGAACGAAUAACAAACUCCAAAAACCCAACUUCAAUGAUGAAUAUAGAAGGAAAAUGGAGGAAAGUCUAAAGUUGGAUGUAGAAGGAAGACCAUUCAGAAUGCUGGUUUUUAGAGGAAGUCCUAAAUGGAGUAGAAACUCUACGCGUCUAAUUGAUGAAAUGAGGCGUAGUGACAAAGAAAUUCCCCUGCAAAUUAAUGAGAAUAGGAGAUAUCGAAAGUUUCCUUUGAAAGCAAUUCGAGCUUUAGAUGCUCCUCUUUUAUCGGAUGACUAUUACUCGAAUGUUAUGGAUUGGGGAAAAUCCAACAUACUUGCUGUUGUUCUGGGGUCAAUUCUAUACAUAUGGAAUGCUCAAGUGCAAAAAGCUGCGGUACUGAUGGAAGUGAAGCGUGAAGACGAUUGUCCUACUAGUGUAGCAUGGUCUGAUGAUGGGAAAAUAGUAGCAGUUGGUUGUGAUUCCUCUAAACUCCAGCUCUGGGAUGCUGAGACUUCCAGGCUUGUGAGAGACCUGCAAGGCCAUCAGAGCAGAGUGGGUUGUGUUGCAUGGAAGGGUCAUGUUUUAACCUCAGGAAGUAAAGACAGAGCUAUUAUUAAUCAUGAUGUGCGAGCAAGAAGCAAUUUGGUCUCUGUAACAAGAGCACAUAGAGGGGAAGUUUGUGGGGUGAAGUGGUCUAGUACAGGGAAUGCACUUGCCAGUGGUGGAAAUGACAAUCUGGUGUACAUAUGGGAUAGUUUCAAGAUGAGCUCAAGGCAUUAUACGCACAGGUUCAAUGAACAUCAAGCUGCAGUCAAGGCCCUAGCUUGGUGUCCAUAUAGCAGUGAUGUAUUAGCCUCUGGAGGGGGCAUAGAUGACGGAUGUCUUAAGAUUUGGAACACACAGAAGGGGACAUGCAUCAGCACCAAUGAAACUGGAGCUCAGAUUUGUGGACUUCAAUGGAACAGGCAUCACAAAGAGAUAUUAAGUGGCCAUGGGUUUGGAAGAGGUGAAUCUCAUUGUCAGUUGUGUUUAUGGAGUUAUCCUUCCAUGGCUAGAAUAGGAGAGCCAUUGCGUCAUGCUUCUUCAUCAAGAAUUCUGCAUCUCUCUCAGAGCCCUGAUGGUUUGACUGUGGUAUCGGCUGGAGCAGAUGAGACUCUUAGGUUCUGGGAGAUAUUUGGUCCCCCACAGGAGAGCAGUGAAAAUGUAACACAUUUGGAUAAUCUCUUGUCCUUUAAGGCAUCAGCAGUGAGAUAGUAAGAUGAUAUUGAACUUUGAAAUGAAGAUGUUGUUUGAAAUAUGUAUUCUACCAUCCUCUGUGUCAAUUCUCAGCAUGCGUGAUAUAUAUCAUAGAUUUCUAAUCUCGUGGUAAAGAAAGCUAUAGUACAUCCAGUUCAAUUCCAGAAAAACAGGCAUUUGCCAUGAGACUCAGAAGAAUAUUAUGAAGAAUGUUGCUCAAAUAAAAAUGGUUUUGGAAGGUUUCUUUUACAAAAGCCAAAAAUUAAUAAAUAAUGUAUAAACUUCACGGUACAAGUCUAUCAGGCCCUUGGUUGAAGCCGUGUGUUUAUAGCAAGAGCUUUAAUAAAAUUGUAAUCACUGAUAAUGCUUGGUAGGAAGAAGAUCAGAUGACGACUUAAAAUUGGAGAAAGAAAA